AUGGAAGACGAAGAUCCCGUGAAGCUCUAUAUGAACCUCGAUAACUGGCAAGGCCCUCUAACAGAGCCAGACGAAUUUCGUCCCUCCUCGGAAGACUAUCAGUCUCUCUCUUCUUCCUCCGAUACCCGCUUGCUUGGCUUCGUCAUCGCCGACAUAGUUGGAAUUCAAUGGUAUUUAGGCACCAUCAGUGGCCAAGAAAUGGUGGUUCUUGUCCGCGAACCCCUUAAUUUUCAAGAUUCCAACGCCAUCAAAGUCUUCAAUACCACCACCGUUCAAGUGGGUCACAUUGAACGCCGCGUGGCGGCCGCACUAGCGCCGUUGAUUGACUCGAGUUUGAUUGCGGUGGAGGGCAUUGUUCUCAAUACGCGAGCUGAGGGCAAUGGGCCCAAGAUUACUUGCCAAGUUAACAUCUUUGCAAGAUUUGAAGAUUUUACCUCUGUGAAGUCGGCAAUUUCGCAAUCUGGGUUACAUUUGGUGGUCAAGGAGAAGAAGGCGGAGAGGGCAGGCAAGAGCGUGGAUGAGAUUUUCAAGUUGGUGGAUGAGAGUGCGAACAAGAAUGGUGUUUUGAAAGCAUUGGAACCCCCAGCAGAAGUGAUCAAAACGGAGCUUUUUGUGCACCAAAAAGAAGGGUUGGGAUGGUUGGUUCAUAGAGAGAGGUCUGAUGAGCUGCCUCCUUUUUGGGAAGAGAAAGGUGGGUCUUUUGUGAAUGCGUUGACCCAUUUCAGCACCCAUAAGCGACCGGAGCCUCUAAGAGGUGGGAUUUUCGCCGACGAGAUGGGAUUGGGUAAGACCUUAACUUUGCUUUCUUUGAUUGCGUUUGAUAAAUAUGGUAGUGGCAUUGUUGAUGUAAGCAUGCUAGAUGAUAACGAAAUGGGUGAGGAUAAGGGGUUGUCUUCUUCUGUUGGUAAGAAGGGCAAGAGAGGUAGACCAAGUGAAAAAAGCACGGGCUUGCGAAAACAACAUAAAACUGAGAAUACCAUUGUGGAAGGCAAAUGUGUGAGUGCAAAUGAUAAGUCUUCGCAUGAUAUCAGUAGGACGACAUUAAUUGUGUGCCCUUCUUCUGUACUUUCAACUUGGCAAACACAGUUUGAAGAACACACUAGGUUGAAUUGGUGCAAGUAUUAUGGCCUACGUACUAAAGAUGCUGAGGAGCUUAAGAAGUAUGAUAUAGUGUUGACUACAUACGGUGUUUUGUCUAGUGAAUAUCCUUCCAGAACAUCCCCUGUAGACCAGAUUGAGUGGUGGCGGGUGAUUUUGGAUGAGGCACAGAUGAUUAAGAAUGAGAAUGCUCAACAAAGUGAAGCUGUCACCAAGUUGAAGGCUAAGAGAAGGUGGGCUGUUACGGGAACACCAAUCCAGAAUGGCUCUUUUGAUUUGUUUUCUUUGAUGGCUUUCUUGCGGUUUGAGCCUUUUUCAAUUAAGAGCUGCUGGCAAAGCUUGGUGCAGCGCCCACUUGCUGAUGGCAACCCAAAGGGGCUCUCACGGCUGCAGGUUUUAAUGGCAACCAUCUCUUUGCGAAGAACAAAGGACAAGUUACGGAUUGGAUUGCCAUCUAAAACUGUAGACAUUUGUUACGUGGAACUCUCUGCUGAAGAACGUAAACUGUAUGAUGAGAUGGAAGAAGAAGCAAAGAGUGUUGUGCGGAAUUACACUAGUGCUGAUAGUGUAAUGCGCAAAUAUUCUACUGUUCUUAGCAUAAUCUUACAACUUCGCCAGAUCUGUACUGAUUCAGCCUUGUGCCCUUCUGGUCUCAAAUCACUUCAUAUUGAAGAUGUAACCAAGAACCCAGAGCUGCUAAAAAAAAUGCUUGAGUUGCUGCAAGAUGGUGAAGAUUUGGACUGUCCGAUUUGCAUUGAUCCACCAAUUGAUGUUGUGAUCACUUCUUGUGCUCACAUUUUUUGCAAAGCUUGUAUUCUGAAAAGCUUUGUGCGCACAAAAAGUCGCAGCUGCCCCCUUUGUCGGGGUACUGUAUCAGAGUCUGAACUGUACUCAGCCCCCCAAACACCUUCUGAAAGUGGCAACAUGGUAUCCUCUAAAACAAAUGCGUCUUCAAAAGGAUCUUCUCUGUUGAAUCUUCUCGUUGCAUCAAGGGAUCAAAACCCACUUACGAAAUCAGUAGUGUUUUCCCAAUUUCCAAAGAUGCUGAUAUAUCUUGAAGAACACCUAAAUGCAGUUGGUUUUAAGACUUUGCGCUUAGAUAGCUCUAUGGGUGCAGAUAGAAGGGCUCGAGUAAUCAGAGGCUUUAGGGUCACGGGACAAGAUGUGCCCACAAUUUUGCUUGCAAGUCUUAGGGCUUCAGGAAUGGGUAUAAACCUCACAGCUGCAAGUAGAGUGUAUUUGUUGGACCCAUGGUGGAACCCAGCAGUUGAGGAACAGGCAAUGGAUCGUGUUCACCGUAUUGGGCAGAAGGAGGAUGUGAAGAUUGUCAGGUUGAUUGCUCGAAACAGCAUUGAAGAGAGGAUUUUAAAGUUGCAGGAGAAAAAGAAGAAACUUGAAAAUGAAUCUUUGGGAAGGAGGACCGCAAAGGGUCGAAGGGACAUAAAUUUUGAUGAUCUUCAGGUUCUCAUUCCCUUGUGA